AUGGCUACUUCUAAUAAAUCUGCGAUUAAGGAUCACACCAAAAUAUAUGUGGAAUUAACUGAUACUGGUGUUGGUAUUGAUCCUAAGUUUAUGAAACAUAUAUGGGAAAGCUUUUCACAGGCAGAUGCCACAAUAACGAGAUGCCAUGAUGGUACAGGAUUAGGUCUUUCAAUUUGUAAACAUCUGGUAACCAUAAACGGAGGAGAGUUAGGAGCCACGAGUGAACUGGGAAAAGGAAGUCGGUUUUGGUUUACUUGGAAUGUUAGGCCGUUACCUACAAAUCAACCUAACUUAGCAUUCUAUCCAUCCGCCCGAUCUGAACGCGUUCUUGUGAUCGAUCCUGUUCCUAUAGCUCGUAACACUUUAGUUAAGUUUAUUGAUUGCCGAGUUAAACGAGUUGACGCAUUCGACACGGUUGAAGAGGGUGUUGCGUCCGCAAAAAUUUGGAAAGAACAACACGACGAAACAUAUAAUCUUAUAUUUUUUAAUAUUUGCAAAAAUAAUCCGGAUGAUAUUAAAAAGGCAUUAAAGGAAUUAAGAAGCUUAUGUGGAGAUCACUUAUGCAUAGCACUAAUGAUCUUUUGUUCAACUGGCGGGCGUACUUUAGGGGAAGAAAUAGUGAGAGAAGUUGGAGGUCGAAUUAUCACGUUACAUAAGCCUAUAAUGCAUAAACGAAUAUUGGAUUGCUUGUAUAAUAGCGAAAUUUUUAAUUCGACGCAUGACAAACUUAAUUUUAAUAGAAUCGUUAAACCGUCAAUAGAAUUAAGAGUGGAUAAUGACAAUCUAUCUUUGCCCCAUAUCAAGGAUCUGUCCGUAGAUAGUUUAAGGAUAAAUGAAAAUUAUGAAGAUACUACUACUAUGAUGAUUGAUGUCCCCAUCUUAAUGGCGUUGAUGAAGGAUGAAAUUCCGGAAUUGACCUCAUCCAAUGCUUAUUCCGAUGAAAUUCCGGUAUCCGACCUUGUUUAUUCAUUCGACUGGUCAUCAACUCCCCUGGGCCCUAUAGAUUCUUGGAGCCCUUACUUGAGGACGAUGGUGGGUCAAUUCCAAGAUGAUACUCUUUUAUUAAUGAACCGAGAUGGUCAUACCGAAGAAUGUUAUUUCUCAUUCACUCUAAGUCCCAUAUUCAAAGAGGACGGAACUGUUGGUGGCGUAUUUAACGCUGUUCAAGAAACAACGCAACGAGUUUUGGUCGCUAGAAGGUUAAAAACUUUAGGUGAAUUAGGAAAUAGAACAGCCGCCACAACAUUUGACGAGGGUCUUGAAACGGUGAAAGACGAAGAAGUUGAAGAAUUAACUUUCAUUAAAGGAAAAUUAACAAGGAAAUUGCCAAACUUCUUGCCUGAGACAUUAGAUAUAGUGGAUCUCCAAGCCGACGGGGAUACACCAUUGACGUUAAUGCUUUCACCGCUUGAAGAGUCGAUCGAAGUUUGUCCCCCAGAAUUAUCAAUUCUGCAAAAGCUACAAAUGAUUAACCGAAACGCCCGCCGACUGCUUAAACUUGUUGAUACUUUACUACAGUUUUCGCGAAUCGAAUCGGGUAAACUUGAAGCGCAAUUUCGGGAGACCGACAUUGUAAAAUACACCCUCGAGUUAACUUCAUGUUUCGAGGGCAUGGCAAAAUCUUUAAAGUUAGACUAUUUAAUCCAAAUUCCGAGUCGGGAAGAGUUCUAUGGUAAAUUAAAACAUAAAGUGUUUAUCGAUAGAGACAUGUAUGAAAAAAUUCUAUUUAACCUAUGUUCAAAUGCAUUUAAGUACACGUGGACGGGAAGUGUUACAGUUCGUUUAUACCCGGAUGAUAAGGACGGAAGAGAAGUGGUAAUGCUGGAGAUUUGUGAUACAGGUGUCGGAAUUCUAGAAAAGGAUAUUCCAAAUCUAUUUCAACGUUUUUAUCGCGUGGAAUCAAACCAAUCACGUAGUUACGAAGGUACCGGAAUAGGACUUGCACUUGUAAAAGAGUUGGUGAUAAGGCAUGGCGGUGAAAUUUCUGUACACUCGGAAGUUAAAAAGGGCACCGCCUUCCGUAUAUCGCUCCCGACGGGCUGGACACAUUUACCAGAAAAUCAGGUUUAUUUUGUGGAUGAGGAAUUUGAGAUAAAUCCGUUAGUCAAGUGCCCAUUAGAUGGUCGAGAUCUUUAUCUUGAGGAAUCGCAUCAAUGGAUAAAAAAUGCUCCUGAUAGUGAUACUAUGGACCUGGAUGCCCCAGACACUUUGAACGACUCAACAUCCGAUGGGAAAAGUUCAAGCGUACACCACACUCUUACGUCUCUCAUGCCUUCGAUACGCAAUGAUGGUACAACUAAUGUUUGUGAAAACUUCUAUCUCGUCCUUAUCGUCGAUGAUAAUACGGACAUGAGGUGCUUGCUAUAA